CCAUGAAUGGUAAACCUGUAUCUCUACAGUGGCAGUGAGCAUGUGAUCAAGUUUCCUAAAUAGGACGUACAGAGUCACUUCUGGUUGGCCAAUCAAAUGCAUCCUUGUCUCUGAAGAGUGGAGACAAAAUGCAGAUUCUUUUCAUUCAGCACGACAAUUUGAACACGAUGACAUCUCCAAAGUUUCUCUUCUAUCUGAUGUGUUUGUUCUUCAGAAAAGUUGCUCAGACGACUGAUCCAAAAUUCUCCUCAUCUCUUCAUCAACCGAGUAGUUUUGUAUCAGCUAAAACUGGGGAUGACUUCACUUUGAGAUGUUUCUAUGAAGGUGAUGUUGCUUCAAGGUUUUACUGGUAUAAGCAAACUCUGGGACAGAAACCACGGCUCAUCUCUACUUACUACAAGUAUGAAAGAAAUGGAAUAUUUCAUGAUGAAUACAAAAACAAUCCACGCUUCACAUUGGAUACUGAAACAGGUAAAUAUCACUUGAAGAUCACAGAUUUGCGCGUUUCAGACUCAGCUACCUACUACUGUGCAAGUUAUUCAUUAUCUAUUGAAUUUGCGGAGGGAACCUUAGUCAAUGUAGAAGGUUCAGGUUUGAAGGUCUCAGCUACGGUCCAUCAGUCAGCAUCUGAGAGCAUCCAGCCAGGAGGCUCUGUGACUCUGAACUGUACAGUACACACUGGGACCUGUGAUGGAGAACACAGUGUUUACUGGUUCACGAACUCGGAAGAAUCUCAGCCAGGACUCAUUUACACCCAUGGAGACAGGAAUGAUCAGUGUGAGAGGAAACCGAACACACAAACACACACCUGUGUCUACAACCUGCCGAUGAAGAGUCUGAAUCUUUCUCAUGCUGGGACUUACUACUGUGCUGUUGCCUCAUGUGGACACAUUCUGUUUGGAAACGGGACCAAGCUGGAGUUUGAAGAUGAGGUGAACUCUCUUGUCUUGGUGUAUUUCUUGAGUGGUGCUUUGGCAUUCACCACCAUCCUGAGUGUUUUACUGGCUUUUUUUCUGUACAUUAUGAACAAGAGAAACAGCUGCCAAUGUACAGGGUCCCACGCAAGAGUUUCCGCAUCCUCAACAAUGAAUGCAGAGGGUUACAAAAAUGAGGAAAAUCUCCAUUACGCCGCUUUGAGGGUAAACAAGGAAAGCAGAUCGAGAAGACAGAGGGACGACACAGAGGAUGAAUGUGUGUACUCUGGUACAAAACAAUAAAAAUGGACAUGUCUUCAUCUUUUAAAAAAAAGUGUUUUGUAAUUUGGCUUUUCUUGAAACAGGAAAACAAAAUGUUUACAUUAUUUUACCUAUACAUGUAUGAUGUAAGGGUUUUACCUUGUAAUAAACCAACAGAAGCCAAAAUAAGGUUUUUGUAAUGACAAUGUAUCAAGUACAAUGAUUUCCACUGUGUCUGUCCCAGUGGUUUGUAAUAACCUUACAUAUUAGGUUCUGGUGCUGUUCUUAGCAUAGGG